AUACAUAUGGCAACUUACGGAUUAUUUUCUGAUGCCGUGUUAUCUUAUGUUGUUGGGAAAGUCGGGAAGAAAAUUGGUCGAAUUCCAUUUUUUGUAUUUUCAAUGGUUGUUGACUUUGGAAGUUAUGCAUAUUGUCUAUGGUGGGACCCUCGAAUCAGCAUGGUCAAUCUUUAUAAUAUAUUUUGCCUUCGGAGUAACGGAUGGAAUAUGGCAAACAUUGACAAAUGGAGAAAUAAUACCAAUUACUGUAUCUUGAAUAUUUCGAAGGAAGUCACGAUGUUGCAGUUACAAGCUGCGUUCUAUGGUCAACCUUGGGCUAUGCUCUAUAAUUUGGGUGGAGUACAAAGCUCUGUGUAUACGUUAAAAUUUAUAUCCAGAUCGGAAUGCUAAUUUUAGGAAUGAUUUGCUACGGUGUAGCUGAAUAUUUACAUCGAAAUAAGAAAUUGACUGAGGUUGCUGAAGAGGAAACUCGAUUGUAAUAAUGUAUCACAACUGUAUAAUUACAACAUAUAUACUUAAAAUUAAUCGUGAUUCUUUCUGUACUGCAUUCAACAUUUUAUGUACUCCCUUAUUUAAUUAACAAUUUAUAUAUAUAUAUAAUCA